GUCUUUCUCUUGUCAACAUUUUCAGCUGCGACCCAACCUCACUUGUUUCACCGUCAAAGGAGCGACCAGAGCCACUAUUUGAAGUUAUACCGUUUGAUUACUUUACAAUGCAGCCGUCAGUUCAUGACAUACAACCCAUAUUCAACGGUGUCCAGGAAUCCCUCCUCGCCACUCCCUCGUUGUUGUCUGUAUUCGUCCCUCUUUCUCGGGAUGAGAAUCCACAGAGCUCGAAUAGCGCACCUGCAUCCGAACUCGAUAUCUCUCGUAUAUCUUCAUAUAUUCAACACAUUUUCCCGAAUCCCAGCGUGUCCGGGAUGGGAAAAUGGUGCUAUGAUUGCAACACGCCGAUGAAAGAUCCGACGACAAUGGAAAUUCACGGUCGUACUGUUGCGGCACUAUCUGAGCCACAGACGGAUGAUAACCGUGCUCUACUGAGAUUCAUUGUUGUCGUGCAGAUCCUACAUCAGCUAGGACAUGCUAUUUGUCACCAUUUCAAUGAUCUUACAACUGUUAUCAAGCUAUUGCCUACCUUCCCCGUUUACGUUUCUAACAACUUCACGAAACCUUAUUCUCAUAUGGAGCAUGGCUUUUGGAUUGAAGAGGCCCUAUUCGGUGGCAUCGUCGGUGUGAUGUUCGACGAGCAUCUCGACUGGUUGCCUCCGGCUUUCCUAUCGUCUGAUUUUACACACAUUUCAUUCCUUUUCCUCUGGUGUCGCGAUGGGCGUACAUAUAAACUCGCUGUGCAAGACGUUAAAGAACGUUUGGAAUCUUUUCGAUUCAUACCUUUUGAUGUUAGCAAGCUCGAAGUGGUCCCGAUCCAGCAUAUCAACUCUCGUACGUGUGCGAUGUUGCUCGGCGACCAUUUCUUCAUGUCUAAUCCGGGACCUGGCGCGGACAAAACGGCCAAGGAUGAGCUUUUUGAGAGGAGUUAUGUUAGUCCGUUGCCCAUUACCCGUCACUUUGGUGUCCGUGACUGCAAAUAAUGAGGCCUGCGCGGAAGGAUCGACAUGCCGGUGACUCCAUCGAUCGUGUUAGCCAGGUCCUCGUGCAGCUGACUGUGCUGAGCGCGAUGUAAGAUAAAAGCUGCGAUUUGAGGGGUGAUCCAUUUCUGCAAUAAUAUUUCCAAUAUUUUUUUCCCCCAGGCCUUGACUACAGGCGACGAAUUAUUUGAAUAUCCAGGGUAUGUGGAUCUCCAUGCCCCCUGCCCGCCGCUUCAAUUCACGCUAAUACUAAUUUGGCGACACUCGGUUUGUUUGCGGGUGAUAUGGGUCAAGGGGCUCAGUUUUCGUGAAGCUUGUGUUGGGUCAGCUUGUGUUGUGCGAUAUUCCCUUCAGCAGGCCUAUAAGAUAGUCCAACGUACUUGCCAUGUAUUUCCAAAUUCUUCCAGACACUCAUGGCAAAAUCGCACACGAUGAUCCACAAGCAU